GCCUCGGACGGAUUCCGGAAGCUAAAAUUGGCCGUGCAUAUAUGCCCUCUAUAAUCAUUGACAGCAGCCCACGGCUUCCAUCUCCUCGCGGCCAAGAAGCCGAGGUUGGAUUCGCAUCGCCUUCUACGCUGAGAUCUUUGUCGGGAGUGUUGUGGCCGGGGGGAAUGCCAUGGCCUUCGGUUGGGGAGCGGUGAUGAUGAAGCUGGGGCUCUCGAGACUCGAGGCCUCCGAUCACGCGUCGGUGGUGUCGAUCAACAUCUUCGUGACGCUCAUCUGCGCCUGCAUCGUGAUCGGCCACCUGCUGGAGGAGAACCGGUGGAUGAAUGAGUCCAUUACUGCUUUGAUCAUCGGGCUGUGCACCGGCUUCAUAAUUCGUCUCGCCACACGAGGGAAGAACAACUCUCAUAUAAUGGUGUUCAGUGAAGAUCUCUUUUUCAUCUACGUCCUCCCACCGAUAAUUUUCAAUGCCGGGUUCCAAGUAAAGAAAAAACAGUUCUUCCGCAACUUUAUUACAAUUAUGCUGUUUGGUGCAGUUGGGACAUUGAUCUCCUUCGUCAUAAUCUCACUUGGUGCCGUGGAAUUUUUCCGAAAAAUGGAUAUAGGUGCACUAGAAGUCGGAGAUUAUCUUGCAAUUGGGGCAAUCUUUUCUGCAACAGAUUCUGUGUGCACUUUGCAGGUGCUUAACCAGGACGAGACACCUUUGCUCUAUAGCUUGGUCUUUGGUGAAGGCGUUGUAAAUGAUGCUACAUCAGUGGUGCUUUUUAAUGCACUCCAGAAUUUUGAUCUGGUUCAUGUUGAUGCCACAGUUCUGUUGAAAUUUGUUGCUAACUUCUUUUAUUUAUUUGCUAGUAGCACCUUGCUUGGAGCACUUACAGGAUUGCUUAGUGCUUAUAUUAUUAAAAAAUUGUACUUUGGCAGACAUUCAACUGAUCGAGAAGUUGCUCUUAUGAUACUCAUGGCUUACCUUUCCUAUAUGCUGGCUGAAUUGUUGAACUUAAGCGGAAUUCUUACAGUAUUCUUCUGCGGAAUAGUAAUGUCACACUACACCUGGCAUAAUGUGACAGAGAGUUCUAGGAUCACCACAAAGCAUGCCUUUGCAACAUUGUCAUUUAUUGCUGAAGUUUUUCUUUUUCUCUAUGUUGGAACGGAUGCAUUAGACAUUGAGAAGUGGAAAUUUGUCAGUGACAGCCCAGGAAAAUCACUUGGAGUGAGCUCAAUUCUGCUAGGCUUGGUAUUGGUUGGCAGAGCUGCUUUUGUCUUUCCACUGUCCUUCAUCUCCAAUUUGUUUAAAAAAUCUCAGAAUGACAAGAUUACCUUCAAGCAACAAGUUAUAAUUUGGUGGGCAGGUCUUAUGAGAGGCGCGGUAUCAAUUGCACUUGCUUACAAUCAGUUCACUAGAUCUGGUCACACUCAGCAGCGUGGAAAUGCAUUUAUGAUCACCAGUACCAUCACGGUUGUUCUUUUCAGUACAAUGGUGUUUGGUUUGAUGACCAAGCCUCUUAUUUACUUCUUGCUGCCUCCAAACUCGAAGCACCUCACCAGAUCUCUGAGUGUUUCAUCUGAGCCCUCAAGUCCAAAGUCUUUCCUUUCUCCGCUACUAGGCAAUGGUCAGGGAUCCGAGCUUGAAGCAGCGCAAUGUAUACCUCGCCCAACGAACCUCCGAAUGCUUCUGACAACACCAUCCCGCUCUGUUCAUCAUUAUUGGCGCAAGUUUGACGACGCGUUCAUGCGUCCAAUGUUUGGUGGCCGGGGUUUCGUUCCAUUUGUUCCUGGUUCACCGGUCGAACGUAGUGUCCCCGAGUGGGAAUAAUCCAAAAAAAUCAUUAUUCCAAGAUAAAAUCAAAUUGCUCCUGGUAUAGUCAGUACUCGAUGCCUUCCAGAUAGACGCAUAUCUGACUACGGAAAACUCUAGAAUUUAGUAUAAUUUUGCCACUUUGUAUCAUGAUCAACACAUAUUUUUAGUAUCUUUGUGCAUGUAUAUUGGAUCUUGUCGAGAUCUUAGCAGGAUCUAUUCGCUUGUAUCGACUACCAAUUGCUAGCAAGUGUGUAUCUCUAUGCUUUCAAAGGAUGUAUGAUUUACAUACAGAAGUACCUUUGCUGUAUAUUCAAUAUUUGUAUUUUAUGACCAUGCUUUUCGGUUUUUCUC